AUGUUGUUCUCCAACAACACCGACGUCUUCCCCAUCCUCCGUCUUCCUGCGGAGAUCCGUUUCAUGAUCUGCCGGGAGUCAUGCGCUCACCUGGCCGACCCCGAGCACGAGGAUCCUGACAACGAUGAAAUCAAGGACAAUAACUCUGACUCCUGCAUCGAUGAUGACGUCUACGAAUCCGACUCGGAGGAUCUGGAUUUAACAAACGACCAGCUCCAGAUGGUCACCACACUUCGCAAUCUCGCUAACUCUUGCCACCAAAUCCGCGACGAGCUUACCGGGGAGUUCUUCACUCGCAUCCUAUCCAAAACCCAAGUUCACCUGGGCGACGUUUAUCCAGCACGCCGAGGUCCUCGCCGCCGCUUCCCAGCGCCUCGCCACAAGGUCUCACGGUUGUCUCUAAUCAACCGGAAGAUCUCCGACGUGCUCCGUUCCUCGUCGUUGUUCGCAAAGCACAUUCAGCACUGGUCAUAUGCCAGGCUGGCCAAGUGCGAGAACCUCAAGACACUGGAGGUGGUUAUUACGCGUUCGGAAAGCGCGCUGAGAGCGGUUGACGGCGAUUGGGCACCAGGUGAAACGGUGGAGAAAGAGGAAUUCUGCGAACACUGUCUACUAAAGCUCGUGUCGAUGCCAAAGUUGCUGGAGAAGGUCAGCUUCCGGAUGUUCAUUGAUUACGACAACACCUUCAUUGAUGUGACAGCUACUAUCGAUCCACAGUUGGAGCUGGAUUUGGUGGAGUACUUUUGGGGGGCGAGGAGUACGGUCAUGGUUGGAGAGGAGGAUGUCACCGUGAGGAAGGACGUGGUACACGAGACCAAGCAUCACAUGGGUGUUGUCAAGGUUGACUUCCCCUUGUCAGCCUCAGUUUGA